AUGCAUCUUCACAUUACAACCAUCGCUGGUCUUAUGUUGGGACUGUGUUCCGCCUCUACGGUAGAGGAGGUAUGCACAUCAAGAGAUGUGGUCGAGUCUCUGAACAGACUGGAAUUAGACGCUCGUAGAUCAAUGGAUAUUAUCCGAUCAGGAGACCCAGACUCAGGCAUUGUGGCUAAACAUCCGCCAGUUGAGAAUACCUUCGACAAUCUGGCCAAGUACAAGGAUCGCGAUCUGACGUGCACUGCUGGCCCCCUCCCUCCGCAAGAACAGCAGGAGAUCUGCCAUCAAUACAACGAGUAUGCCAAGGUGCAAAUCCGAACAUUCCACACGGCGCUGCACGAAAAAUUCUUCUACACAUUAUCCUCCAACUCCUCCUCGGCAAGAAGCUUGUACGACAUGGGUGAGACUUAUAGAGAGUUUAUACUGCCUUUCUCCAGGAAGCUCGCCACCGUUGCACCUGACUGCGCCGAAGACAUGCUCAACGGCAGGAAAUUAAUACUUGCCUAUGUUUAUGGCUUUCUGGAAAUGUAUCUUCCACCCAAAGACGAGCUGUAG